GCAGCUAGUGAUACCGUGUCUCUUGCUACACCAACGACUAACACCGUAAUGGACGAAGAUAGACGAUUUUGGGACCGCCUUGCUACAAACUACUCUAAAUCAAAGGUAUCAGAUGAAUUAGGUUACCAGCGUACCCUGCAACGAACCUCUGACUUCCUGAAAGCCAGCGAUGCAGUCCUAGAGCUUGGAUGUGGCACCGGGUCGACAGCCUUUCUACUCGCCCCGAAAGUAAAGGGCAUCCUCGCGACAGAUAUAUCGCCCGAGAUGAUUCGGAUUGCAAGGCAGAAACAACAAGAUGAGCCCACCGCUGCCUACGAUAGCAUUUCAUUCAAGGAAGCCACUGCAGAUACCAUCGCUAAAGAGAACCACAUGCCUUUCAACGCCAUCUUAGGGUACAACUACUUGCAUCUUGUCCGAGAUCCACCUGCCACAGUGCAAAAGAUUCACGGCAUGCUUGAGGAUGGUGGCGUCUUCAUCAGUAAGACGCCCUGCAUCGGUGACCGGAAUAUGCUCAUGCGGUCCUUCGUGCUGCCUACAAUGAGGAUAUUUGGAUUAGCUCCGUACUUGGAUAACUUUGGGGCGACUGAGUUAGUGACAAUGAUUAAAACAGCAGGGUUCCAAAUUGAAGCCGAGGAGAAACAUGCAUCUGGAUCUGAUGAUGGUCGGGUAUUCAUUGUAGCGAGGAAGAUGGAGAGUGGGUCAAACGAUCGAACCACGGCCUAAGAGUGGCAGCGCCACCCCCUCCUCAAUUAAUAUUUAAAAAUUAUUUAUAGCUUAUUUUAUAUUUUUCAGUUUUUCAUUUAAUAUUUGUAAAUCUAAGCACUUGUAACCAGCCAACUUGCUUGCCAGGACGACUGUAGGCGGGUUCUUCCGCUUUGAAGCUCCGCACUGCCACUUGUUGGUAUCUGCUGUAUUGGUGGCGUCAAGGUAAGCUCCGAGACGAACCCACUGAUUCGAUAGAAGUGGGAAAUGUAGCAAUACGGUAUGAAUAGUCUAAGUGUCACAGGCUAAGACAACAGGACAUUGGUUGAGAAAACAAGUCUCCCGGCAGAGAAAACAUGAUGCAGAGUUAGCAAACGGGCCGCAACCAAGUAAUUAGCAGGCGGGGUACAUGCGCCAUGUCUUACUGGUACAAGAUACUGGUACAAGAGACGUCCGCGGGAAGUACUCAAGACCAGCUCUAAUAGCUGUUCUCUUAGUGGCCGUUUCCUGUGUCGGAUGCUUUUCCGGUCGGUCCGGCGAAAACCGUUUAGACUCGAUGCACCUACUGUACAGCCCCCACUAUCCACUAUACAGAGUCCAAUAAGUUAACGGGCAGUAUUACAGGAAGUAUUAACAGAUGGUACUGUUCUAAUGGACAGGAAAGAGAGCACCAGGAGAGUACAUACGCCAUUAAUUAUAACUAGUAUAUUGCUACCAGUAAUGACUGUUCUAUUUCCAAUAAGUACACUGAGCGGGAAAAAAGGGAAACAGGAUGGGUUACACAAACGCCCAAACACGUACGCUGGCCUUUUCACAGGCAGCUGCCGACACUGCAUGCAGAUGCAGGCCCGCGUUGUCAUUGAUACUUACUGGCAUACAGCUGACCGGGAGCACACCACUAGAAUUGGUUUGGGUAUGUGAUUGGCCCAGGAGGCGAG